UUGUAGGUGAACUAGUGUACUCUUUUAGCAUACUGUUGAGUAUGUUAGUAUGGUGAUGAAUGAGUGCUAGAGGCGGACGAGGCCACACACUGGAAACGGUGUCGGAUGUCAGUGCGUGUCUCGCGGUGCUGCUGUAAGCUCCAGCGGUAGGGAAGUGAGAAACACUUCCUACUUCCUCACACACCGCUGUUCAAACGCUGAGCUCAGAGGGCCGAAGGCGGAAAAAGUAAGGUAGUUCUGAACAACGACGCGGACAACUUUUAAGUCUCACACAGCCUCACAUUUGAGGAAAAAAGGCAGCGGGGAAUGAGCGAGGAGGAGAGCAGUGCGGGUUGAAGCUAGCCGAGAUGGCUGCGCGCGUGCGGAGCGGAGCUGAGUGACGAGGCGACUUCUCUCUCACACACACACACACACACACACACACACACAUACAUAUAUAUAUACACACACACACACACACACACACACACACACCGGGCCUCGCAACUUCUGAAAGUUGAACAUCAAGGCGUCGAGAUGAAGAAGCAGUUUAAUCGUAUGAAACAGCUCGCCAACCAGACGGUUGGAAGAGCAGAGAAAACAGAAGUCCUUAGUGAUGACCUUCUACAGAUCGAGCGGCGCAUGGAGAUUGUGCGGUUGGUCUCGCAUAACACGCACAAGAAGUUGGUGUCAUGUCUGCAGGGCCAUGUUGGAGCAGACGUGGAAAAGAGACACAAAAAGCUGCCUCUGAUGGGCCUCUCUCAGGCCAUGGUGGAUGGAGUGAGUCAGUUAGGAGAAGAUUGCAUGAUUGGGAAGAUGAUUGAGGUGUGUGGAGAAGCUGAAAGUAAGCUUGCCCUUGAGCAGAGCCAGCAUGAAGUCCAGCUUGAGAAGGAAGUCCUGGACCCACUCAACCAGCUAGCAGAGGUUGAUAUUCCCAAUAUUAUGAAACAGAGAAAGCAACUAGCCAAACUUGUACUGGAUUAUGAUUCUGCAAGAGCGAGAUAUCUGCAGGCCACUAAAGCAAUUCUCACGGCCACAAACAACCAGGCAAUGACUGCCAAAGCUGACUCAUGUAAAGAGGAGAUGGAUGAAGCUCACAACAAAGUAGAGAUAUGUAAGGAUCAGCUGGCUGCUGACAUGUACAACUUCUCCUCUAAGGAGGGAGAAUAUGCGCGUUAUUACGUCAUGUUGUUAGAGGCCCAAGCUGAAUACCACAGAAGAUCACUGGCUUCCAUUGAAAGUGUCCUGCCCGCUAUCAGAUCACAGGAAGACACGUGGAUGGAGAAGCCAGCGUUCGGCACAGCACUUGAGGAGCACCUUAAGCGCAGUAACAGGGAGAUUGCUCUGCCUAUAGAGGCCUGUGUGAUGAUGCUGUUGGAAACAGGCAUGAAAGAGGAGGGAUUGUUUCGUAUUGCUGCAGGAGCUUCAAAACUAAAGAAGCUCAAAGCGGCACUGGAUUGUUCAACCUCUCAACUGGAGGAGUUUUACUCUGACCCCCAUGCUGUAGCUGGAGCCCUGAAGUCAUACCUGAGGGAGCUGCCUGAACCACUGAUGACGUUCCAGCAUUAUGAUGACUGGAUUCAAGCCUCAAAUGUUUCUGAUCCAGAUAAGAGACUGCAGGCAUUGUGGGUAACGUGUGACAAUUUGCCAAAGGCCAACAAGGCUAACCUGAAAUAUUUGGUGAAGUUCCUUGCUAAGCUAGCUCAGGAGAGUGAGGUCAAUAAAAUGACCCCAAGCAACAUUGCCAUUGUACUGGGACCAAACCUGCUGUGGGCCAAAACUGAAGGGACUCUUGCUGAAAUGGCAGCUGCUACCUCAGUUCAUGUGGUGGCUAUAAUUGAGCCUAUCAUCCAACAUGCAGACUGGUUUUUCCCAGAAGAUGUGGAAUUCAAUGUGUCAGGCAUGUUUGUGAUGCCCACUGGCCCCGUGCACCAGCCUGGGUACCCUGCUACCCCCGAGCCUGAAUAUGCUACUAUAGAGCGGAGACGCCCGGGCAGCCAGGGGGCAUUGGAGAUCGAGACUCCACGCAAAGACAGCCCCGCUAGCAAACAUCCGGAGCAUACACCUCGUAGAACUGGCACUCUAAAUAGAAAGCAGCAGCAGCAGCACACCUCUCCAGCCUUCCAGCCCCCUCUUCCUCCGGUGGAGGCAGGGGGGGUCCCAGCGUCCGAGGCCCCCUCUCAGUCAGCUGUAGGGGGCUCGGAGGCUGGAGCUAUAAUGGCUCAGAACCAGCAGCCUAUAAACCAGCAGCAAUCUGCUGAGGAGAACAGUAGUGUUGUACGAGAGCCAGCCUCAACACCUCCACCCCUGAGAAAUGGCCCUGGAGGCCCCAGUGGAACACCUGGGCAGCUGACAGUGGUGACGCCAGCAUCUGCUUCCAAGGGCCCCAGUCCACACUUGGUGCGCAGAGGUACAAAGAAACAGGCCCCUGCACCGCCUAAAGUGGCUCCCAACUCCUCUUCCUCUGCAACUACGCCCCUUAAAGCCACACCCUUCUCUGCACAGGCCCAAAACCAAAACCCAGCCACGAGUCCCGCCCAGCCUGUAACCCUACCUCGCCGCCAAUCCAGUAGCCAGAUGCCCAUUCACGCUCCAAGUCACCCUCCUCCUCAGCCUCCACAGAACUCCACAGACCCAGAGCCAUCCCCUCCCCAUAGCCCCACUCUUCCUGACAUGCCCCCACAUGACUCCACCCACUCUGCUUCUUUGUACCGCCCUCGGCCAGUUCCCAGACCACGGCCCAGACCCAGUGUACCACCGCCACCCCAGCCUCCCAGCGAGAGCUCUAAUGGAGUGUGCAACUCUGCCUCCAAGAUCAUUACAGGUUGAGGAUCUUAUCCUGGGCAAGAUGUGUGACCUCCUGCCUGUGAACUAAGAGUUGAAUGGCAGGCUAUGGUAAGGAUGCCAAAACUAAUACAUAGCACUAUUGCUGAAUGCCUCAUUGUCUUUUGCACACUAACACUGCUUGUCCAAACUAACCGCUAGCUAACCUGCAUGUGCAACAACGCUUGUCGCAAACUCAUAGCAAACAGCAAACUCCUUCUUUUUAAAACUGCCCUGGGGUCUUAUUUAUCAAUUGUGCAAACACGUUUCUAUUCAAAGAAUGUGAUUCAUCAAGCUCGUUUUGUGUGUGAGGAUGUGCGUAUUACCCUGACUGUGCUUAUGCAGAAACCCCUAGUGGUAGAAUCACAUGAUUAUGAAAGCUCCCAUCACACUUAUUCUCAGGAUAAUUGGCUAGAUUAACUGCUGACUGCAGUGCUCAAAACAAGUUGCAGACAUGUGACACUGUAUAAAAUGUAAUGCAAAAUCAAGAUGGAUUGAGAUGAUGCCUCACUUGAAGAUUUAGCACAUGUAGAUUUGUGCAGGGCUUUUAUUUUUUAGUAUAGCAGGAAUGUUUUUGUUGAGUGAUGAGUGGAUCAUCAGUCACAUUCAUUUGGCCAGUGCAAUUUUAGUUAAUAUCUGCCAAUAAUUCACUCCACUUUCUGAGAGGCCAACGAAGUACAGCAAUAGCAGCCCUGUGCACACAAAUCCUUUCUUCUGAGUUUUUUUGUUAAGGGCACACUUCACUGAGAAAUUAGAGAUGGGUCUGACAUUUCCCAACCAACCAUCCAUCCAUCCAUUUUCCAUGCCGCUUAUCCUACACCUGGACCCUAUACCAGGGAAAUCUGGGCACAAGGCGGGGGACACCCUGGGUGGGGUGCCAACUAGGGAAGUGACUGUGGAUGUGAAGUUUUCCACCAGUUAAUCGACGUGUGACAACACCGGUAAUACCAGUAUUACCAGGGGGCAGGGCUGGGGGUGGGGGUGGUGGCAGUUUUCCCCCUCUUAUGAAUGCCCGAGCGUGCUCAUUUCACUUUCGCUUUCGGAUUAGCGGUAAUUCGGGGGCGGCAAUUGCUUGGUGGGUUCAUUAUUAUUAUUAAUGAAAAACAACAACUACAAAACAAUACAAUGACGAACUCGCUUAUAUUAAACUUAGAACUUUUGAAACCGAAUCUUCUGCCAUCGUCUUGUCAGUCAGCUCGCCUCACUCACGUCACGUAAUAAAUUAAAUCUGAUCUGUGCUGCGACUCAGCCUCAUUCAGGUCAUGCUGAAUUGAGCAGAUGUUAAAUUUUUAAUUGUAGCGUCCGUUCUCUAGCUGAACUAAAUGCUUUUUAUUACUAUAAAAAGGCAAAAUGACGGUGGGGGUGGUGCCGCAGUAGGCAAGUGAUGUUGGGGCCGCACACCAAUUACACCGGGAACACCGGCUAUCGCAGCAAGCCUAGUGCCAACCAUCGCAGGGCAUAAUCACACAUACAUUCAAACAUUACGGAUAAUUUGGAAAUGCCAAUCAGCCUUUGGCCUGGGGGAGGAAACCGGGGCGCCUGGAGGAAACCCCAAAGCACAGGGAGAAUAGGCAAGCUCUGCGCACACAGCAGAGGCGGGAUUCGAACCCCAAACCCUGGAGGUGCGACACAAAUGUACUAACAAUUGUGCCCCACCCCCCAACCAACCAUGAUCAGAAUAAUGACAUGGCUUACAUGCAUUCAUAUCACUCACACUACAACACAUUUCCAAAUACUGCAGCAAAAAAUACAACAUACAAUGAGGGAUUUCUCAUGCCAUCGCUGGUUUACAAAAUGGGGAGAUUGAAUGCAACCGUAUCCAUAAAAUCACCCUUUUAAAGUGGAAGUUGUUUACCAUAUAUGGCAAUUUAGGGACGUUUCAUUAUGUACGUGCCUAUGGUAGAUUUUGAUUUUCUACUGCAUACUGGUGGUUUGCGUGCACAGAAUUUGAGCUUGUUCUGUGCACACUUUGAUAAAUGAGACCCCUGAUCUGUAUGCUGCUUCCUAACAUUCACUUAGGAGUACAUUAUGGAAUAAAGGAGGAUACGAGGCCACCGCACCACGGAUAAUGUCUAAACAUGCUACAAUUCGAGUUAAUAAAUAGCCUCCAUUUAUUGAUUUCUCAUUGAUUUUGAAUUUAAGAAUUAAACGCAUCUAGCAAAAUGACAAAUUCGUGGUGUGUUAGAUGUUUACUAGCUUAUUUUUCUAAACAUCUAAGCAGUUAGUAGUAAGUAAGUAAAUGCCAGUCGGAUACUUUCUGAGAUUUGACUGUAACUGUAAGUUCUGAUUGCACAGAUGUGACAUUGAAGGGGUCUGGGCGGCUCCUUGUCCCGCAUAUAGCUGUGGAACAGCCUGUGACUACACCCCCUGAUGCUGAGACCCAAUCAGAGAGUACCAUCUUUUGAGGAGGAG